AUCCGUACUGUACUUUAUUGCUCGCUUCCAUAUUCCCCAUACUGUACAUGUCUUCUGUGCUUUAUUCCUCGGCUAACAUUCGCGUUCCGUACAUUGUUUACUGCCUGUCAUUUUGCGGCAGCCGUAAAUGACGGCAAGAGAGAGAUGAUGUGCUCUUGCUUUACGGCCUUGUGAACCCGUUUAGAUUCUCAAUCUGUUGUUGUCUAUUCGGGUUCGCCAUGGAUCCGAACCGGAUUAUCCAGGCCCUGCGGGGGACCAUCGACCCCAAGAUGAGACUGGCGGCCGAGACUGAGCUCAACCAGUCCUACAAGAUCAUCAGCUUCGCCCCAACAUUACUGCAGAUCAUCGUGUCAGAUGAGGUGGAAUUCCCUGUACGCCAGGCGGCUGCGAUCUACCUGAAGAACAUGGUGACUCAGUACUGGCCGGACCGGGAGCCGAUGAUCGGGGAGGUCGUGUUCCCAUUUAAUAUCCAUGAAAACGAUCGUCACCAGAUCCGGGAGAAUAUAGUUGAGGGCAUCAUCCGCUCCCCGGACCUUGUCAGGGCUCAGCUGACCCUCUGCUUACGAGUCAUCAUUAAACACGACUUCCCGGGGCGAUGGACGGCCGUGGUGGAUAAGAUCGGCUUCUACCUGCAGUCACCAAACACAGUCAGCUGGCAGGGGAGUCUGCUCUGCCUCUACCAACUGGUGAAGACAUACGAGUACAAGAAGGCGGACGAGCGCGCGCCCCUGGUUGCCGCCAUGCAGAUCUUCUUGCCCCGCCUCCAGCAGCAGAUCGUUCAGCUGCUCCCGGACCCCACCCAUUACUCUGUACUGAUGCAGAAGCAGAUCCUGAAGAUCUUCUACGCCCUCAUCCAGUACACGCUGCCGCUCCAGCUGGUGAACAAUCAGAACAUGACGCAGUGGAUGGGAAUAUUCAGCAGCAUCGCCGACCGGGACGUCCCCCCUGAAACGUUGCAGGUGGAUGAAGACGACCGCCCCGAGCUGGUGUGGUGGAAGUGUAAGAAGUGGGCGCUGCACAUCAUCACGCGACUAUUUGAGCGUUACGGGAGUCCUGGCAGCGUCACUAAGGAGUAUAUAGAAUUCUCGGAGUUCUUCUUGAAGACGUACGCCGCCGGGGUCCUACAGGUUCUUCUGAAAGUCUUAGAACUUCACAGGCAGAAGCAAUAUGUGGCCCCUCGGGUCCUACAGCAAACACUGAACUACCUGAACCUGGGGGUGUCUCAUGCCGUCACCUGGAAGAUGCUGAAGCCGAACAUGCAGAGUAUAUCGGAGGAGGUCAUUUUCCCUCUCAUGUGCUACAAAGAUGAAGACGAGGACUUGUGGCAGGACGACCCCUACGAAUACAUCCGCAUGAAGUUUGACGUGUUUGAGGAUUACGUGUCUCCGGCCACAGCGGCUCAGAAUCUCCUCUAUACGGCCUCCAAGAAGAGGAAGGAGGUCCUCCCCAAAAUGAUGAACUUCAGCUACCAGAUCCUCACCGCCUCCUCCGUGGACCCUCGGAAGAUAGACGGGGCCCUGCACGUGUUGGGGUCCCUGGCAGACAUUCUCUUAAAGAAAUCCGUGUACAAGGACCAGAUGGAAGUCUUCAUCCAGAAUCACGUGUUCCCCCUCUUCCUGUCAGAGUUGGGCUAUAUCCGGGCACGGUGCUGCUGGGUGCUUCACUCCUUCAGUACCCUCAAGUUCCACAACGAGCUGAACCUCCGGAACGCGGUGGAGCUGGCCAAGAAGAGUCUACUGGAGGAUAAGGAGCUGCCGGUGAAGGUGGAGGCCGCCAUCGCCAUGCAGACGUUAAUAAGCAACCAGGGCGCCGCUAAGGAGUACAUGAGGCCGUUCAUCCGACCCGUCAUGCAGGAACUCCUACACAUCGUGCGAGAGACCGAAAAUGACGACCUCACCAACGUCAUCCAGAAGAUGAUCUGCGAGUACAGCCAGGAGGUGGCGCCCAUCGCCGUCGACAUGACCAGGCACCUGGCGGAGAUCUUUGUGAAAGUCCUGCAGAGCGAGGAGUACGAGGAGGUGGAGGACAAGACGGUGAUGGCGAUGGGAAUCCUGCACACGAUCGACAUCGUCCUGACGGUUGUGGAGGAUCACAAAGAGGUGAAACAACAGCUGGAGGGAAUCUGUCUGCAAAUAGUGGGACUUGUGCUCCAGAAACACAUUAUAGAGUUCUAUGAGGAGAUCCUGUCUCUCGCCUACAGUCUCACCAACCAGACGAUCUCUCCGCAGAUGUGGCAGCUCCUCGGGAUCCUCUUUGAGGUCUUCCAGAGAGAUUGUUACGAGUAUUUUACAGAUAUGAUGCCGCUGCUGCACAACUACAUCACUGUAGACACCGAGACCCUGCUGUCCAACCCCAAGCACCUGGAGAUUAUUUACACCAUGUGUAAGAAGGUGCUGAUGGGAGAUGCCGGUGAAGAUGCGGAGUGUCACGCAGCCAAGCUUCUGGAAGUAAUCGUCCUGCAGUGUAAAGGAAGAGGGAUCGAUCAGUGUAUCCCGCUCUUCGUAGAAGCCGUGCUGGAACGAUUGACGCGAGGGGUUAAAUCCAGCGAGUUGCGCACCAUGUGUCUCCAGGUGGUCAUCGCCGCCUUGUACUAUAACCCGCCACUGCUCAUGAGCACCCUGGAACAGAUCCGGUUCCCGCACAGCGCCGAGCCCAUCACCGCGCAGUUCGUCAACCAAUGGGUGAACGACACAGACUGCUUCCUGGGGUUACACGACCGUAAGAUGUGCAUCAUCGGCCUCAGCAUCCUCAUGGACCUCCCCAGCAGACCCCCCGCAGUCAGCGCUGUAGCCUCCGUCAUCGUGCCUUCCAUUCUCCUCCUGUUCCUCGGACUGAAGCAAGUGUGCGCUCACCGCGACCAUCCAGACAGGCGGGCGGCGUCACGAGCUGCUAAAGGCGAAACGGAGGAAAAUGAGGAAAUCCCGAGUGACGAAGAGGAGUCCAGCAGCCAGGCCAUGCAGGAGAACGCCGGAGAGGACGAGGAGGAUGAUGACGAUGAGGACUGGGACGACGAAGCCUUAGAAGAAACGGCGCUGGAGGCGUAUAACACCCCCCUGGACUGUCAGGAGGCCCUGGACGAAUAUCAGUUCUUCACAGACUCCUUGCUGGGUAUACAGAGCAGAGACCCCGCUUGGUAUCACUCUCUGACCGCCACGCUCAGCAACGACCAGAAGAAGCAGGUGCAGGAGAUCUACGUAUUGUCGGAGCAGAGGAAGAACGCAGCCGCGUCACGGAAACUUGAACAGCAGCUGUCGACGCAAACGGUCUGCGCUUCGCAACUCGCAGGCCAGUGAAUGGGGACGUUGCAAGGAACUCUGGGAUGUCUGCAUUUACAUAUUUUGUAAAACUCACUGACGUUGCGCAGGGGAGAUGGACGCGGCGGUGGACCUAUGAUACGAGGAGACGACCUGCCAAGUUCCGGACUGUGAAGAAGACGAAGGAGGGGGGGGGGUUUGAAUAUUUUUUUUUUUUCCCCAGGCUUGGGUAACUGUGUCACAGAUCGAGGACUGGCUGCAGUGAAUCUGGAACCCCGGUUCUUACGGCUUCCGCACUUUUACUCAUUCCUUUUGUUUGCCACCGUACUGUGAAGGACUGAAAUGCUGAUGUGCUUCUGGCCCCGCCCCUGAGGAGCAUUAGGAUGGACUGAAUUAUGUGUCUUUUAAGUCUGUUUACUCAUGUAACACUGAAGGCCGGCCUUUUCCAUCCUCCUCUUUAAAUAGAGAGAUUGUGUUAAUUUGCGGCACAAAUUAUAAGCUGGCGCCAGAUCUCUGUCUUACCGAUCUAAGAAAACAACAGAUAAAUAAAACAUGGAAAAUUUGUAAUUCGGCAAUUUUUAUAAUAGCUGUAUAUCGUGUAUCCAAGCUGGAGCCUUCAUGUAUCCCAACUGUAUCCAAUCAUGUAUCAAGGCUGAGGGGACUCAAAAGUGUACUAGAGCCUCCAUGUUUCCAAAUUUUAUCUCCUCUUAUAUUUAGGUUAGAGGCACCAUACAACUCAUGUUGAAUUCAGGCUAUAUGAGAUAUGGUUGGGAUGAGAUACCAGGGUCCUAGAGCCCCCUACAGUUUUCCAUACUUUAUACUCGCUGCUGAAAAAAAAUAAAGGGAA